AAUUCUUAUGGUUAUAACAGCUUUACAUAAUAAGAAACUUCGAAAUCUUAAGAAUUCGUUUAUGAAGUAUAGGACUGCCAUUCACUAUUACCUCAAAGUUAAUAAUUUUAAUUAUUCGUGCUCUGUCGUUUCUAAAUUAUCAAGCAAAUUAUGGAAAAAAGAAUCAAAAAGCAUUAAAAAUGUAUAUAAAAGAUUGAUAAAUGAAGCUAAAAAACACGAUUCCUAUGAGAUGCAUACUUCUCCUGGAAAUCAGAAAUCAAGCAAAUACGCUGUCGAUUUUAAAGUCAGUUUUAAACAACAAAAACCCGCUCCCUUGACCAACUGUGUCAUCUUUAGCGAAG